UGACAUCAGAGGUGGGCUGGGGCAUACCAAAAGAAACAGGGAGAAAAGGAGGUGGAAAAACAGCCUCCCUCCUCCAAACCCUCCUCUCUCCCUCCCUUCCCUCUCCAGCCAAUCAUUUGUGAAAACCUUGAGGAACCAGAGCUCAGUAAGUAGAAGUAACCGGUAGUUUAGUCAUGAACAGAGAGCUCCAGCUCUAAACCCUAACGCCAGCCUCACUGAGCCCACAGGGAGGGGACUUUGCUGGGCAGCAGGCUUCCAACAGCAAGCUUCUGGAUUCUGAAGCUCCGGAGAUCUAACCACAUGACAGAGAGAAGCCCAGAGGAAGUCCAGGAGUCAUCCAGACAGCCAGUAGAAGUACACUAUGCAGGGUGUGGUGGGGGUGAGGCAGGGAGUGUCGUGGAGCCUGUGUGCCCUGCUCUGCCUCUCUUUCUUGGAGGAGAGCCAGUGCAGGGGCUCCAGACAGGCUAGAGAAACCAAGGAAUAUCCCCUGCUCAGGGCCAAACGAACUCCCACAGAAGACAUCAAGAAGUGCUCCUACACCUUUCUGAUUCCCCAGCAGAAGAUCACAGGCCCCAUCUGUGCCAGUGCAACUGGCCCCGAGCCGGACAAGGAGCGUGUGACACGGAUGGACAUAGCUGACGUAAGAGAGGUGCUGUUCAAGCAGAGACGGGAGAUUGAGACCCUGCAGCUGGUGGUGGACGUGGACGGCAACAUGGUGAACGAGAUGAAGCUGCUCAGGAAGGAGAGCAGGAACAUGAACUCCAGGGUGACCCAGCUCUACAUGCAGCUGCUUCACGAGAUCAUCAGGAAGAGAGACAACUCUCUGGAGCUGGCCCAGCUGGAGAACCGGGUUCUCAACGUCACCUCAGAGAUGCUGAGGCUAGCCUCGCGCUACAAGGAGCUGGAAGGGCGUUUUGCAGCGAUGGCGGGGGUGGUGAACAACCAAUCUGUGCUGAUUGCUGCGUUGGAGGAGCAGUGUCUGCGGACCCUGGGGCGCAGUGAGAUGCAGGUGGUCCCCCCGCUGGUCCAGGUGGUCCCAGAGAACAUCCCCGUCAACAGCCGCUUCACCAACGAGAUACAGAGGGAUCACAACAACCGGGCAUUCCCACGGGGGUCACGCAUGGACUCCCCCACCGCCUCUCCAUUUGGACUCAACCCACCGCCACCGCAGGGCACGCUCACCUCAGACGGUCCGUUUAAGGACUGCUACCAGGUGCGCCAGGCGGGCCACAGCACCAGUGGGAUGUACCUGCUGAAGGCAGAGAGUAAUGAACAGCUGAUCCAGGCCUGGUGUGAACACAGCUUAGACAACGGAGGCUGGACCGUGUUACAGAGAAGGAAGGAUGGAUCGGUCAACUUCUUCAGGAACUGGGAGAACUACAAGAAAGGCUUUGGGAACAUAGACGGUGAAUACUGGCUGGGUCUGGAGAACAUCUUUAACCUGGCAAAGCAGGGAGACUACAGGCUGCUGGUAGAGCUGGAGGACUGGGUGGGGAAGAAGGUGUAUGCUGAGUACAGCAGCUUCCGCCUGGAGCCUGAGAGUGAGGGCUUCCGCCUGAGACUGGGCACCUACCAGGGAAACGCUGGAGACUCCCUCAGCAGCCACAAUGGGAAAAUGUUCACCACGCUGGACAGGGACAAGGAUGCUUUCUCAGGUAACUGUGCCCACUUCCAUAAGGGAGGUUGGUGGUACAACGCCUGUGGUCAGACCAACCUGAAUGGAGUGUGGUACAGCGGAGGGGUUUACCGCAGUAAGUUCCAGGAUGGAAUCUUCUGGGCUGAGUACGGAGGCGGAUCGUACUCCCUCAAGUCUGUCCGUAUAAUGAUACGACCUAUCGACUGAGCCUGGAACAGUCUCCACCCCACUAUCUAUGCCAUGACCUUUGACCCAUCCUAAUCCCAACCCUCCCACCCCGUGACGUCUCAACUUCUCCACCAAGCUACCCAUCAUCUUCACAUUCUUUUCCUUUCUUACAUUUUUAAGCGGAGCAGAGAAGCUGUUUAACUGUCGAAACCCAAAUCCCAAAUCAAACUGCUUCAUGGAAACCCUGGUUCUUCUUCAGCCUCUCUGAAGGGAAGAUGACACAGCGUUCUGCUAUUGUUUCAGCUGUGCUUCUAUGAGUCCUCUAGCAUGGUCAGACAGCCAUAUGAUAGGGCUGUGAAAGACAGCAGUGGACAGACAAAGUAUGAACUCUAACACAGAGCUAGCUGCCACAGCCUUCUACAACAGUCACUAUGUUAUACUCUGUAUGGUCGCUAUGAAGGUGGUUACAUUCGCAAUUUCAGAUGCUUAUUUCACACGUUGACUGGAAAAUAAAUGGUUCAUUUUGCAGUUUUAUUUUGCUCGUCUCUAGCUGGGUCUGUUGCUAGUGAAUGCCUUUCUUCACAGCGUACUCAAAGGGUUGAGAGGCAUGCCCCCCCCCCCAGGCUGACAAGACUUGGUACAGUCUUCAUGUACAUUUAACUCACCCCCCCUCUCUCUUGCUUUGUUUUGGCUUGUUGUUUCGGGGUUCCCACAGAGAGGAAACAGAUUGUAACAAUGUGCUUUGUGAUGUGAGAACAGCCCAGCUCGCUUUGGUAUGUAAAUAUAUUUGGUUUUAUUUGCGAGAGUUAAUUUAAGACUUAUGAUUCUGCUGAAGCCAAAUGUUUCCUCCAUGGUCUCCCCCUUCUGUUAUUUAUCAACACAUUUAUAAUGAGUAUAGUCAGUCACGCCCUGCUCAAGUUAACCCUGGUAUGGCCUUUCUGUUUAUUCCAGUAAAAAAUACAAAAAUUGAAAACACCCAUCAGUACAGACAAACGUCAAGUUGACGGAGGUAAAUACCUGCCACGCUCUGCCAUCACUUUCCAUGUAGUUAAAUACUAAAUAAAACGGUUUCUAAAUACCC